AUGGUCAUCUGGGUUCUCGGCUUUGGUGCUAAGGUGCGUCCUUUCACCAUCUACAUCCUGAAUUUGACCAUCGCUGACAUUGGAGUUCUCCUAUCCAGAGCCAUAUCCUUCUUUUUCCUGCUUUUCACAGAUGAUGGGAUGCAUCUUGGAAGUGUGCACUUCCAGUUCUUCCUGUUCAUGUGCAUCGUCAGCCAGAGCCUCCUGACGGCCAUUGGCAUUGACAGGUGCCUGACCACCUUUUUUCCUGUCUGGCGGCGACACCGACAGCCAGCACACUUGUCUGUCAUUGUGUGCGUGGUCGUGUGGAUCCUCUCCUUCCUAUUCUCUGCUCUCCACUUAAUCCGCUUCAGUUCUGGGGAGAAUGAAAAUGCUGGCAUUAUGUUGUACCCAUUCAAGCUGGCGACUCUGAUUUGCCUCCCACUUGUAACUUCCUGCACUGUGGUUUUGAUGAUCAAAGUCUUCUUUAAGAGUCAGCAGGCUCAGCGGGCUGUGCUUUCAACAGCCAUGGCGAUCACUCUUCUCUCCUCUCUCCUCUUUGUUUUGCCUUUGAAUGUCAUUUGCAUGAUCCCAAGGUUGGAGGACGUACCUCCCUACAUACUAGAAUUGGGCUGCUUAGGAGCUUGUCUCAACAGCAGUGUCAACCCUCUCAUUUAUUUCCUGGUUGGGAGAAAAAACAGUCGAUCUAGGGAACUGAUGAGGGAUGUACUCCAGAAGGUUUUCCAGGAGGGUGAAGAGUAUAGGGAAGAAAUGGAACUAGAACCCCCAGUGCAAAACCAAUUGCAAGUUCCAAGUUUAGAGACACAGUGACUUUGUACGGGGAUGUGACAAUAUUUAGUCCAGGACCUGCCACAAACCCAAGAUUCUGCCUAGAACCUUGGCAUGUGU